UAAGUCCAUCACACCUGUACAACACAACCUUUGUUCCUCCUCAUUGGUGUUUGUCUUUCGGCCCUCCUUACACACCUAAAUCGUCAUUCUUUGCAAAGAAAAUAAAAACAAAACCCACAGUAAAUAACAAUUAUGCAGGUCUUGAAAAGAAGUCGUUUCUUUCCUGUGUCUCUGCUGCUUGUUGUUCUUCUCUGUGAUGUCACUGAAGCAGAGAAAGGAAUACCAUUUAGCUUUACAGUGCCAACAACAUAUUCUUUGCGAGUUGAAGAAACUGAAUAUGGCAAAACCAAGUUGGGAAACUAUAUGAAAUAUUACGACCAUGAUGUGCAUAUGAUGUCAAUAUGGCGUUCGAAUAAAGAGUGGGUGUUUGAAUCUCUCUUUGAUUUUAUUCACAAUAUGUUCGUUAAGGUGGAAAUGAAGUUAAAAACAAGAACAAGUGUGUGUCCUGUGGACUUCAAUCUGACGGUUUCUCCAAAACGGUUCGACAGUGAUUUCACAUUGAAGAAGGGAGGCCUAAUUGACAUAGCAUCGCCAUCUGCCUCUCUUAUGAUGAAUGGUGACUAUGAUUAUACCUUCUUGGGUCGCUCAACUAUCCGGGGAAUUAAAUGCAAAACCUGGUCAACUAAGAAACUGAUAGACACUGAUGAAGUGGUGUCCGUUAAUGUGUCUUUUACUGACAGCACUUCAUGGAGUACAGUGAGUAAACUGCCUCAGGUGCUGGUUAGGUUAUCCCUGGAGAGUAAGACUGUCCCCCAAACGGUUAUUGACUAUUCUGACUUCAAUUCUGUCAUUUACAACAGGAAGGAUAAAUUUCAGCCGCCACCCGGAGUUGCAUGCCAGAGAAAUGGCACAAGCAUUCCUAUACUUCCAGAUUUCUUUAAACUCAAGACUGAACUGAUAAUCAGACAGUCACGCGAAACAACAUAUUUUGAUGAAUUGUAUGACUAUAAAACCAAGAGAGUUAAAUUUGAAUUCCACACACCAUCUGGCAAGACAAUAACUGAGGUACAGGACUUCCAUACAGGUGUUGGCUACAAAAUAGAUUCAUCUGGAGAAUGUGCCAUGCAUAUAAUGACCGAAGCUGAACCUGAUGUCCACAUCAGCUCCGUUAAUGGCAUCAAGACAGUGAAGAUGGUUAAUUCGCGUUACUUCUAUGUUUUUAAUUCAACAGAUUUUAUGUAUGAAGGAAAGAGAGAUGCUCGAGGAAUUAAUUGUGAUGUAUGGACGGCUACUGGUGACGUUGCGGGUGAAGAAUCUAUAUGGAGAUAUUAUUUUGCUUCGGAAGAGACCACAGAGGUGGGUGAGGCGAAUGCUAAAUCCUCCUGGCUAGUAAUGUAUGAGAUGAUGAUACCAGAGCAAAGUGUACACAUAACAUACAAUGUGUACGGAUAUGAAGAAAAGGAGCCCGAUGUUUGGGAGUUCAACAUAGCCACAUGUUUCCCAGGAACUAAGCAGAAGCAGAUUUCCUUUAAGGUACCAAGCUCUCUCUCGGAUCUCAUCAGCGUUAAUCAAAAGCAAUUCAAACAUGCUUUAAUUGUCUCCAUCCAGGGAUAUUCUGGUGUAUCAGCUCUUCGAAUUUCAGAUAUUCAGAUUGACUUUCUCGAAGAUGGCAUAUACAUCACGGCGAUGCUGCUGGACAAAGCACCGGUGAAAGACCAAACUAAAGAACCAAUUGAGGAAACUGGACUGGACGAAGCUUACAAGAAUAUUAUUGACAGACUCAAGUACAAAGGUUUCCAAAUCACUUUAACAGAUUUGGAAAAUAAGCAACAUACUUUUGAAGCAACAUUCGCAGAGCAACAGACCACAACAACAACAACAACAACAAUAAAAGCAAAAACAUCAUCAUCAUCAUCAUCAUUACCAUCAUUAUACUCGUCAUCCUCAAUAUCCCCAACAUCAUCAUCAUCAUCAUUAAAAGCAAAUGGUAGAACUGGAUAUACAACUGGUCAAAUGAUUGGACUGGGUAUUGGCAUGCUGCUGACGGGUGUCCUCUUGGCCACAAUUAGUUUUAUUCUCUACGGAAGACUGCGGCCAAGGAAUCUUGCCACAGGACUUUUGAAUAACGAAAAUCUAUAAUAAAGAAAAACAACAUAAUUACAAUGAAAAUGAAAUGAGAGUUUGGUAACGGCUCACAGAGUAGGGCACCUCCCUCCCACCAACCAAAAACAAAAGACCCUUGUAUUUUGAAGUCCUUUUUUAUUCAUUUGUAUAUUUUUCAACCUUUGCUCACAGGCAACAUCAGCAAGACAACUGUGUAGUAGUAGUAGUAGUAGCAGCAGCAGCAGUGGCAGCAGUAGUAGUAGCAGUAGUAGUAGUGGUGGUGGUGGUGGUGGUGGUAGUAGUAGUAGUAGUAGCAGCAGCAGCAGCAG